GUCUCCUUCCGCCAUCUUUGAAUACAUCUCGGCACGAACGUAGGCCGGAAUCUCGUUUUUUCCUCCUCUUCAAAGACGCCGUGGCAACUAUAGAGGCUAGUGCUCUCCCUGUAGGCACUUUGGCGUCGCGGUUUGCGUGGGAUUCAACGCAAUCCAAGCGAAGUCGCGAACGGCAUGCAGGCUACCUCACAGCUACACUACGAUCACGAAGCGGCCCACAUCACCUCUCACAUCUCCUCCUUACCCACGGAGCUGCUUCAUCUUGUGUUCAUCCACUUCCGAGGCGAUCGACACCUCGAUCCACUGGCCAGCGAUCCGGUAUGGAAGCUCCUCCACGUGUGCAAACGGUGGCGCGACGUAGCACAGGCGCAGUCAUCCCUCUGGUGCAGGAUCAACACCGUUAUGCAGAAAUGGCUCAUGUUCACUGCCCACCCCCUCUCCGACCGUCGCGUAGCACUGAUCUGCAAGGUGCUGGAACGCUACUUGAUCAACUCCCACGACCAUCCGCUUGACAUCGACUCGCUUUGGAUAUUCCCAGAUUCCUGGUGGUGUCCGGUUGUAGAGCUUGUCUGGAGGCAUCACACUCGCUGGAGGGAUGUCACCGUCCGUGGAAGCGGGGUUGAGCAGCUUGCCGAAGUCGCUAGGGCUUCGCUGUCAAUGGAAUCGUCGCAAGCAGUACCGCUACCGCUCCUGCGAAGCUUCCGAAAGAUCACGCAGGGCGCCGUGGAUCUGUCUUGUCUGGCUCAAAUUAUGCAGGCGCCGGGCCUUUCCGUCCUCAAGCUAUGCCCGGACAUAGCGCACGCGCCGCCUCACGCUCUGCCGUGGGCGCAGAUUACGCGCUAUCGGGGAACACCAUAUUCUAAGGAAGGUCACGAGUUCCUCCUGUCCUACAUGCCCAACCUCGAAACCUGCGCCGUGCAGGGCGACAGCCGUGCGUCUGACAGUCUCUCCCCAGUGCGGUGUCAAUUUCUCCGCCUCCGGGCUCUGGGCCUUGAGUCGUCGGACUGGUGUUUGCGGUACUUGGAGGCGCCGGUGCUCGAGAAACUGCACUCCUAUGCCGGGGACAAUCCCGCUCUCCUCGAUUUUUGGACGCGCUCUGGGCGCCCAAGCCUUACGGCGCUCAGCACGGCGUAUGGUGCACAAGAAACGGGAGAUAUUCAUCUUCUCGAAAUUAUCCGGUUAUGCCCCGCCCUGCGCUUUCUGUCCCUCCGAGCCGCAGGGGACUCUCCUACGGAUAUAUUUACCCUCCUUGCGGACGCGCCCGCGGACGUACUCCCACAGCUCGCUGUCCUCCUGAUCGAGCCCUGGGAGGACUCGCCAUGGGUGGAGUCUGCCGCGGACGUGUCCGAAGCCUUCGUCCUGCGCGUGAUGCAGUCCGUUCAGCGUCUUGUGACCCGCGAGACCUGCCGCUUGCAAUCCGUCGUGAUCUACGCCGACCAAGAGAGGCCUCUGCACGCUCAAGCUUUGAGCAUCUCAAGGGAAGUGCUGGGAGCUGAUAGCGGUGUGCUGAGUGUGUACACCAACUUCGGGUCGUAUUGGGGUUACGAAAAGAAGCAUUUUCGAGAACUCGAUCUUUAAAGCCUCCGUAUUGCCGACGUCUGGUUGGGCAAGAAACCUCGAUCACAGUCAGCGCAAAGGACAAUUAGUGAUCCUCUGCUGCUGGACGUAGAUAGUCAUCCAGACUAGCCAGUUUGUGUACAUCCCGAGGAAAUAUGAUCAAAUCAGGCUCUUGCUGCGC